UGUCACUGUCGCUAAUGAAUCUAUUUAUCAUUUCUGAUUGGACGUAGCAAGCCGAAACCGCUAAAUCUAUCAUUUUUAUCAAUGCGCGUGCGUCAUUAUUAGGUGGUUAGGAGGUUCAGAUUUUAGUAAAAUAUAAACCAAAAGUUAAUACUCAAAAUAGCACAAGAAUACUACAGCAUAUAAUAAGAAAUUAAGCUUUUGAAACUCAAGUUUUAGUUUUACAAAAUCAUGAAAGCCAUUAAAAGUGCAAGUAUUUUUGGUUUAAAUUUGUCAAGCUUUUUAGUUGCAGCUCUUUCCUCCUGUCUAAACUACCCUGCUCUUUGCGACUGAUUUGGCUGCAGCUUGGUCUGCGAAAGCGCGGGCAGGCACUGCUUUUGCUGUUAAUAAAGUGAAACUUGACCAGGAACUAUAGAAUUUAGGUAAUAAUAUAAAAAAUGGCAGGUAUUAAGCAAGACACCAAAAGCGCUAUCACAUUGCGUGGAUCUGCUGAUAUUAUUUCUGAAUUCCUAGAUUAUGGUGUAAACAGCAUUCUUUUCCAACGAGGAAUUUACCCAAGUGACUCAUUCAGCGCUGAUCAAAAGUAUGGCCUUACCAUCUUGAAGUCUGCUGAUGAUAAGGUGAAGUCGUUCUUGCAAAAUGUCUUGGAUCAAACAAAAGAAUGGAUUGCCUCUAAGAAAAUUCAGAAAAUCACCAUGGUCAUUUGCAAUGCUGACACCAAAGACGUUUUAGAAUGCUGGGACUUCAAACUUCAACUUGAGAAAGGGAGCGAGCAAGACAAUGAGGCCGAAAUUGUUGGACACAAAGACCUAAAAGUGAUCCAGAGUGAGAUCCGAGAUGUUAUCCGACAAAUCACAGGAUGUGUCACAUUCCUACCCUUGCUGGACUGCCCUUGCUCGUUUGACCUGCAAGUCUACACUGACACAACUUGCGAUGUGCCUGAGGGCUGGGAGGAGAGUGCACCAAAGCUUAUAGACAACUGCCAAGAGCUGAAGAUGCGUUCGUUUUCCACGUCUGUUCACACUGUGGAAACGGCUGUUUGCUAUAAACUGAACUUGUGAGAAGUGACAACCGCCAACCACCACGAAGUUAAAAUUCAUUCCAUUUUGCUCAAGAUGUGAAAAUUUUUAUGUGUCAGAAAUUUAAUUGACAAUUUCGUAUUAAUCUAAAAUAUAACGUUAAGCUUCAUCAGGCAUUAAAGUCAUUCUCGCAGCCGUGUACGUUAAGAAAUGAAGGUCAGCACGUAGCUGUGAAAGCCGUUGAAAGUGCUUCUGAGUGUAGGCUAGUGCGUGUGCUAGAUCCUGCGUGCUGAGCUGGACGGAACCUUCUGUCAGCAUAAAUUCCAAGAUCAACUGAAAAAAAUUUAUAGCUUCAAAUUAAUUGUUCAAUUGACAUAAGUCUAUUUAGAUCCAAUAAACUGAUGAUCUAAAUUUUUAAUACCAAUGCAUAA